UCGUAAUUUCGUUGGCCGGCAGAGGAGGCGUUGUUCCACAUUAGAACGUCACCUUCAUUUAAUGCAGAAGCCGGCUAUCCUGGAAAAGGACAGAGGUUUCCCAGUCCUAUAACACGCACUGAAUAACACUGAAUAUCAGAGAUUUGACUUUGCGCUGAAGUGCUUGUAAAUAGGGCUGUAUAAAAUGAUGAAGAACGGACAUCAUGUGAGCAGCGCUCCGGCCGCCGCAGCCUGCAGUCCGGAGAAGAGGAGGCGUACUGUCCGCGUCUGGUGCGAUGGAUGCUAUGACAUGGUCCAUUAUGGUCAUUCCAACCAGCUUCGACAAGCCAAGGCUAUGGGGGACUAUCUCAUUGUGGGAGUGCAUACUGACGAGGAGAUCUCUAAGCACAAAGGUCCUCCAGUGUUCACCCAAGCUGAGAGAUAUAAGAUGGUGCGAGCAAUCAAGUGGGUGGAUGAGAUCGUGGAAGGAGCUCCAUACGUUACUACGCUUGAGACUCUGGACAAAUAUUGUUGCGAUUUCUGUGUUCAUGGAGAUGACAUCACUCUCACUGUGGAUGGGAAAGACACAUAUGAAGAAGUGAAGAAGUCGGGAAGGUACAGAGAGUGCAAGAGAACCCAAGGUGUAUCCACUACAGACCUGGUAGGCCGCAUGCUGCUUAUGACCAAAGCUCAUCACAGCAACAUGGGCAGAUCAGACUAUCAACAGCACACAGACAACUUUGGAAGUGGCCCUAAAGGCCACAGUCCCUGGACAGGAGUGUCACAGUUCCUGCAGACGUCCCAAAAAAUCAUCCAGUUUGCCUCAGGAAAGGAACCACAACCAGGAGACACCAUCAUCUAUGUGGCUGGAGCUUUUGACCUAUUUCAUAUUGGCCAUGUGGAUUUCCUGGAUGCAGUGUCCCAGCUUUCAGAGAAGCCAUAUGUUAUCGUGGGCUUGCACUUUGAUCAGGAGGUGAAUCGUUACAAGGGGAAAAACUAUCCAAUCAUGAACAUCCAUGAGAGGACUCUGAGUGUGCUGGCCUGUCGAUAUGUCUCUGAGGUUGUUAUAGGAGCACCAUAUGCUGUCACAAAAGACUUAUUGGACCAUUUCAAGGUAGACCUGGUUUGCCAUGGAAAAACUGAAGUGUUUCCAGACAGAGAUGGAUCAGACCCAUAUGCUGUACCCAGGAAAAUGGGAAUAUUGCGAACAGUGGAUAGUGGAAACAGUCUCACCACUGAUGUCAUUGUGCAGAGGAUCAUCAAAAACAGGCUGCUGUUUGAGGCAAGAAACCAGAAAAAAGAGGCCAAAGAGAUGGCGGUUAUCCAGGCCAUGAAGCGACGAGAAGAAGACAAAGCUAAUGAGAGAGCGCAGGCUGUGCUGUAGGGAAGAAAAACAAACAUAAUCAAAGACUAACAAAAGCCAGUACAUGCAGUUGACUCUUUUCUAAUGUGUCCACAUUCUGGACUUACAUACUGUCAGAACACCAGCAGCUGAGAGCUCCUUUUAUUGAAGAAUUAGCAUGUGUUGUCUUGGGAGCAUCUGCUUUUGUGAACCACUCUCGCACUCUCCACCUGAAGGACCUCGUCAUCAUUUCCUGAUGGCAGUGGACCAUUUCCAUCAGAUCUGUUCACUAAGGAAAGAAGGAGGCUGGAACUUGUGCUGCACUUUGCUGUGUGCAGAAUGUUGCCACUUUGGUGACCAACAUGACCUACGUGGCCUUUACCUCCACAUGUAACUCCAGAGUUAUUCUAAGCUUUGCUUGGAAACCAACACUCCUGAAGAUUUGUAUCCAUUAGAAGAGAACUACAGUCUUCUGUCCUAAAACAGUGUAUUAAUUAUAAAGAAUUAAUAUUUAUCUGUCGUUAUUAAUGGCUAAUCCUCAUAUGAAUUAUUUUUCAUUGUAAUGUACAACAAAGUUAAUUGUUCUAUUAAAAAAUAUAUGAAAAUAAAAGUUAAGAUAUGGUGUUCAUCAAA